AUGUUCUUACCAGAUACUCUGAUCCGAUUCGAGAUCCUGACAGGCCUGCUUCUUUUAAGCGCUUCGGCGAAGGCAUUGUCAGAUCUUCCGGGAUCCGCGCCGUAUCCAACGUCCAGGCCAAGGCUAGAGCGCAGUCGCACGCGCGAUACCCGGCUCGAGGAUCAAAUUUCAAACGAACGACUCGCGAUGCGUCCCGCGUCGCGCGAUGCAGUUUCGGAGCGGAUCUGGCCGGCGUGGAUCCGCUUUGCCGUCGUCAGCAUCGUGCUGACGUGGCAGUUGGGAGAGAGUGGCGUGGCAGCGGACGUGAUUGGAUGCGGGGGUUUCGUCCAGGCCAGCAGGCAACUCGCCUCCAUGCGUGCGGACUCUGAUGCCUCCCUCGACUACUCACGCCUCGUGGUGGAGCUGCGCACACAGGAGGGCAUGGUGAAGGAGCAAGCGCACUGCGCACCCAACGGCUACUACUUCCUGCCCGUCUACACCCAGGGAACGUUUGAGCUGGCAGUGCGGGGGCCCCUUGGGUGGUCGUUUGAGCCUGAAAAGGUGUCAGUGACAGUUGAUUCAGAGGCGUGCAAUGGCAACAGGGACGACCUCAAUUUCCAUCACAAGGGCUUCGGAUUGGCUGGAAAGGUGCUCGGACCCGACAGCCCCUCCUGUGCCGCCCAGGCCAAGGGUCCUGCUGGCGUGACUGUGACUGUAACGAGGGCUGGCAGUGAGGGGGGAGAGGGCAAGGGGGUGGCGGCGGUGGUGGCGACUGCUGUGACGGAUGGGAGCGGUUCUUUUCGCUUCUCCGACUUGCUUGUUGGCACCUACACCCUCUCUGCCUCUCACCCCACGUGGCCCAUCAAGCUGCUCGGCAAUCCCAAGGUGGACUUGGGCUGGGGCAGCAUGGAGCUCUCGGACCUUUUCCAAGUAACCGGUUACAGCCUCUCAGGCUCCGUGGAAGCUCAGAAAAACCCGGUCCCAGGAGUGCAGAUAUUCCUUUUUUCCGACUCCGUCCAGAAAAUUCCCACCUGCCCGGCCGGGCCGGGCAGCUCUCCGCUGCCCGGAAAAUCUCCUCUCUGCCACACGACCUCCGGGGCAGAUGGGCGGUUCUCCUUCCGCGAGUUGCCAUGUGGCGCGUUCUCAUUGGUCCCGCAGUACAAGGGCGAGGCGACGGUGUUUGAGAUGGCGCCUAAGGAGAUGGCGGUGGUGGUGGGGCAUGCUGAUGCCACUGCUGCAGAACCGUUCCAGGUCCGCGGAUUCUCUGUUUCUGGACGCGUGGAGGACAGCGCAGGGAAGGGCGUUGAGGGAGCGACAGUGCUGCUCAAUGGCCAGCCUCGUGCUGUCACAGACGCCCAGGGUCAGUACAGCCUGCACCAGAUAACAUCGGGCCAGUACGCCCUAUCCGCCACCAAGCCACGCUACUCCUUCACGCCCCUCCCCGCCCUCUCCAUCCUCCCCUCCGCCUCCCUCCUACCCCCUCUCCGCGCCUCGCACUACGAGCUGUGUGUCGCGACGCUAUUGGACGAGGGGUCGGCGUUCCAAGCGGGCGGCAGACAGGUGGCGCUGACUGGAAGGGGAGGGGAGGGGGUCUCCCCACAAGCCAAGAAGACGGAUGCGGAUGGGAAAGUCUGCUUUAUGGUCCCCCCAGGCACCUACCAGCUCGCCCCACACGUGCUACCAGCCGAGGCAGCAGCAGGGCUGGCGUUUGCGCCGCCCGUCGCCACCGUUACAGUCACAUCCGCGCCUGUCACAGGGGUGUCCUUCAACCAAUCGCAUCUCUCCGUGUCCGGCCGCGUGAUCUGCAUCGACGGCUGCGAUCGCUCCGUCCGCGUCUCCCUCACGCGCAUCGGACCGUUGACUGGGUCUGCUGAGUCCGCUAGCGCUGCCGCUGCUGCUUCGGGUGGUGCCUCGCUGCGGUCGCUGUUCUUGAAGGGGAAGGACGGCUCGUUUGUGUUCGAGAAAGUGGUUCCGGGGAAAUACAGAAUCGAAGUAUCCAAGCAGGUGAUCCAGGGGAGUGACAUGGCGGGCGACGAGUGGUGCUGGAAGACGCAGUCCGUUGACGUGGCGGUCUCCGAUUCGUCUGUGGAGGGCGUGGCGCUGGAGCAGAGUGGAUGGAGGGUGGAGAUCGAUGCAGCGAUGGAGGAUACUGUCAGCAUGGUGCACGGGGAGACUGCUCUUCCGCCAGUCAAGCUCAAGAAGGGGCUGCAGCACGUGUGUGUGGCGGCCAGUGGCAGCUACAGCCUGCGCUUCCCUGACUCGUGCGCCAUGUACGGGGAGGGGGAGGGCGUGUACUACCACACACAGGAACUUAAGGUGAUUCGUCUGCGCCCAUCAGCCUACAAGGUCUCGGGACUGGUCAUAGUGAACGCGACUCUCUUCCCAGCUGCAGCCUUCAUCGCCCCCCAUGCCUCUGCCCACCUCUUCAGCCCCACCAACGGCUCCCUGCUCUCCCGCGCGCCCCUCUCGCUCGUCUCUGCCCCCAAUGCCACGCACCCGGUGGCGGUGUAUGCGCUAGAGCACUGGGUGGAGGGAGGGGGAGAGCUGCUGCUGGGGUGGUACCAUGAUGGAGGGGUGGGGGGAGACGAGGCUUCCACCACCCUGGAUGAUGUUGCUGAUGCCCUCAAAAGUGCACACAUCUCCACGCUGGAGCGGGAGCAGCCACCCUCAGGGACAGAUGGCUCGCCAGUCUUCCCUCCUCCCAGGCGCCUGCUCUUCUACCCGCGCUCGCUCAAGGUGCAAGUGGCUUCCCUGCAGUGCCCCCCGCCCCUCCCCCCAGUCGAGGCCCGCCCCGGCCUCUACCUCACAGGCUGGCUCUUCCCCCCUCUGCCACGUGUCAACGUGUCAGUGGUUGCUGACACUGACAGUGCGAACGCGGGGUGGAAGAAGGGGGAGGUGGUGAUGUGGAGUGAGACUGUGGGGCGGGUGAGGGGGGUGGAAGGGGAGGGGAGCGCGGAGGGGAGUGCGGAGGGGAGUGGGGAGGGGAGUGGGGAGGUUAGUGUGGAGAGGAGGCAGCACGGAGGGGUGGAAGGGGAGAUGUUUGUGAUUGGGCCUUUGAACGAUGAUGCUACUUACCACGUGGAGCUGCAAAAGAUGGGUUAUGUAUUCAAGGCGCUAGGAGACAACUCGUUUGAAGCACAGAAGCUCGCUUCAAUCACCGUCAAAAUCGCCACGUCAGCAGAAGCCUCCACGGCCAAUGAGCCGCUGCCAUCUGUCCUCCUCUCACUCACCGGAGACGCCAGCUUCAGGCGUAACGAGGCGACAGCUCCCGGGCAGAAUGUUUUCGCGUUCGAGGGUUUGUUUCCGGGCAGCUACUACCUGCGGCCAGUGUUGAAGGAGUAUGAGUUUUCGCCGGCUGCCCGCCCGAUUGAUUUGCAGUCCGGGCAGGAGGUGGACGUGGCGUUUACUGCAAAAAGGGUGGCCUUCAGUGUGCUGGGUUCGGUCCAUUCCCUGUCAGGAGCGCCAGAGGCAGGCGUGCAGGUGGAGGCGAGGGAGGUGGCAUCUGGGGGAGGCGGAUCACAGCAGUCAUCGCACUACGAGAUGGCAGUCACCAACGAGGAUGGCGAGUACAGGCUCAGGGGGCUGCGCCCGGGGGGGUCUUAUCUGGUGGGGGUGGCAGUGAGGGCCGGUGCUGCUAAGGACGCCACGUCUCUCCCCCGCUUCGAACGUGCAUCACCGAACCAGGCUCUGCUGACAAUCACAGGCGACGUUCCAAACGUCAACUUUGUGGUCUUCAACUCGCCCCCGGGUGUGACUAUAACGGGGGCAGUGAGCGGCAGAGACAUAGCCAAGUGGCUGCCAAACCUCUACGUCGAUCUCUUCCCCAGCGUGAUUGUACCUGCAAGUGACAAUAACGAGAAGACUGGUGCAAGCACCAGCAGCAGCAGCAGCACCAACGGCGCGGCGGCAGCAGCAGCAGAAGCAGAGGGAAGCUCCGAGGAAGCUUCCGCUCUCCCUGUCUUCUCUUCCACUCCCAUUCGCUCCAUCCCCGUCCCGCUCUCACGAUUCUUCGAGUUUCGCGACCUGCCCAGGGGCAUGUACCUCGUGAAACUUCGUCUCGGGCUGCCCGGAAAAUCUCACGUGUUUGAGAGCGAGGGCAGGGAGGUGGAUGUGAGGGAGGCGGUAACCGCGCAUGCGGGGACGCUGCGUUUCCAAGCAGAAGCGCGAAGGUCGAAUGAGGAUCUUGCACCGACCCCACUUCUCCCGGUGCUGCUUGCAAUUGCUGUCAUCUCGGUUGUUGCUUCCCUGCCCAAGCUGCAACAGUUGGCUUCAGCUGCAGGAGUGGCAGCCACUGGGAGUACGACACCUGGCUCAUCAGGUGGCGACAGCUCAGCAGCAACAGGCGCUGCUGGUGGGUGGGGGGGCUUCGGCGCAGAUUCCCGUGGGAAGAGCGAGGCACGCAAGCCUAAUGCAGGAGCGCAGCAGAUCAGCUUCUCGGCCACGUGUCAACGCAGAGCGCAGCGCCAGGCAGUCACACCAACGGCUAGUUUCUCCCGCAACCCCGCGUUCCGCGCUUCCGCCGCUUCCCCCUCUGCUUCCCCGUCCGCCUUCCUAGGCCAGCAGGACUCCCUCCGCUUGCGCAAGCCCUCCCCUUCCGCCGUCUCCCCCUCCGCGCCCCGCCGGCGCGUCUCCCCCGUGAGAGCCGCGGAUGGCGACAGCGACGUCCCCGCGUUCAAGGGCUUUCCGCCGAUGCAGACGCGGCCCGCGUGGUACUGGCGAAUCGCAGCCGUCGUUCCGUACCUGCUGCCGCUCUGCGAGGCGUGGAUCUACAGCGAAACGGCUCAAUCGCUCUUCCAUUUCCUCUUCACAUACGAGCAGCUGUGCCAGCCGUUCCUGAUGCUGCUGGGCCUGCUCCCUUCCUGGUUCAUGCUUGCGUACUUCUUCGGAGCGUACCUUGGGGUUGUCAGGAACAACCGCUGGCCGCAUUUCCUGCGGUUCCACGUGGUUACCGGGAUGCUUCUGGAGAUUAUCCUUCAGGUUGUCGGGACGCUGAAUGAUUGGAUUCCCAAGUCGGUGUAUUGGGGGAAGAUCGGCGCGCACUUUUGGCUCGCUAUUGCGGUCGCGUUUAUCUUUAUCGUGCUCGAGUGCAUCUGGUGCGCGAUUCGCGGGACGUAUGCCGACGUGCCGUUUAUUUCAGAUGCGGCGUACAUGCAGAUCCCAUACGAGUAA